AGGCUGUGCCAUGAGUGGCUUAAUAGCUGAUGCAAAAACUCUUAUCGACAAAGCAAGAGUGGAAACACAGAACCAUUGGUUUACCUACAAUGAGACGAUGACGGUGGAGAGCGUAACGCAGGCUGUGUCUAACCUCGCUCUGCAGUUUGGAGAGGAAGACGCUGACCCUGGCGCUAUGAGCCGUCCUUUUGGUGUUGCUCUGCUUUUCGGAGGUGUGGAUGAGAAAGGACCUCAGCUAUACCACAUGGAUCCUUCAGGCACUUUUGUCCAGUGUGAUGCCAGGGCUAUCGGCUCAGCAUCUGAAGGAGCUCAGAGCUCUUUGCAGGAGGUUUACCACAAGUCCAUGACGUUAAAGGAUGCCAUCAAGUCUUCUCUCACUAUCCUGAAACAAGUGAUGGAGGAGAAACUCAAUGCCACUAACAUUGAGCUUGCCACAGUAGAGCCCGACAAGACCUUUCACAUGUACUCAAAAGAAGAGCUUGAGGAUGUCAUCAAGGAUAUCUUGAGCUGAACGGAGCUCUGCAAAGCCUGACUGAUGUUUAAUAUGAAAAAUCCAGUGUAAUUUUCUGUGAAUCACCACACAGCAAUUGCAUAUAUAAUACUCUGGCUGCAUCCUA